AUGGCACCCAUCCUCGUUGUACUCGGAAGUGGCCCAGGCAUCGGCCUCACCACUGCCAAACACUUCGCAAAGAAGCAUUUCAGCAAAAUUGUUCUGCUGUCGCGAAAUUCUGAGCGCUUGGAGAAGGAGAAACGUGAAGUGGAAGAUGUUGCGAAAGAGGCUGGAAAGGAGGUACAAGUCACAACAAUCUCAGUCGACCUCGCCAAUUUCGACCAGCUUCGAGAAGCGUUCGCUUCAAUCAAACAGCUAGGCGAGGUGUCAACCGUCUUCUUCAACGCCGCAAGGAUCAGUCAAAGCGAACCUCUCAAAGCUCCGGUUGAAGAGCUUAUCGAAGAUUUCCACAUCACAACCGGUGCUUUCUACAUCACAGCACAGUGGUGCAUCCCUGUACUCCAGAAACAUAACGGAGCUGAUGCAUCUCACCCACCUUCUCUGAUUGUUACCUCAAGCCACUUGCCAGAAGAGCCUGAGCCGUACUUGCUUUCGCUCUCGGCUGUCAAGGCUUGUCAGCAAAACGUCGUUCACUCUCUGAGAAAGGCGUUUGGCGAGCAAGUCCACAUUGGAGUGAUCAAAGUCUGUGGCGUGGUCAGUCCUGAAGAGCCAACUCGCAACCCGGAAAACAUUGCAAAGGAGAUUGUGGGAUUCUAUGAGCAAGACAGGAAGGAUUGGGGAGGCGAUGUUUUUGUGAGGUAG